AUGUCAUCCCAAUUAAUUGACAAAUUUAGACAACUAGAUGCUUAUGCCAAAACCUUAGAGGAUUUUAGGAUAAAAACCACUACCGGCGCUGCAAUUACUGUCAGUGGUGGCCUGAUUAUGAUUUUGUUAUUCCUCUCGGAAUUGUACACAUAUAUGUCGCCUAACAUUUCGGAAGAACUUUUCGUGGACACGUCGAGAGGUCAUAAACUGAGAAUUAAUUUGGAUGUAAUUGUACCUAAGAUAUCAUGUAAUUAUUUAGUUCUAGAUGCAAUGGACUCAUCAGGUGAACAACAUUUACAAAUGGAACAAAAUGUCCACAAAAGAAGGCUUGACCUGGAUGGCAAUCCAAUAGAAGAACCUAAAAAAGAAGAAAUUGCUGUUUCAUCUACAAUAAAACAAAACAUAUCUGAUGUUGCAAUAAUAACAUGUGGGAGUUGUUAUGGAGCAGCACUUAAUGAAUCUCAGUGUUGUAAUACAUGUGAAGAAGUAAAAGAAGCAUAUAGAUUUAGAAGGUGGGCUCUUCCUGAUUUAGCUACCAUAGAACAAUGUAAAAAUGAUGAAUCUAUUGAGAAAACAAAUAAUGCCUUAAAGGAAGGCUGUCAAAUAUAUGGAUACAUGGAAGUGAACAGGGUUGGUGGAAGCUUUCAUAUAGCUCCAGGAAAAAGUUUUACCAUAAAUCAUGUGCAUGUUCAUGAUGUGCAGCCAUAUUCAUCAUCAGUGUUUAAUACUACCCAUUAUAUUAAACACUUAUCCUUUGGGAAUGGCAUAGAUGGUGCUAAUACAGCACCCCUAGAUGGAACUCAAGGUGUUGCUAAAGAAGGUAAGCAUGGAAGUUAUGCACAAUUAGGGGCCACCCCUUCAUAA